CCUUGUUGCCCCACGAAAUUGUCAGUCGGUCCCUAACUCGGGUAGGCUGAGUAGUUGAUGCUGAAUCGCCGAGCAGCAGCAGCAGCAGCAGCUCAGUCUGUCGCUGCAGUCCAACAGAGCGACCGGUUAUCAACAUCCUCUCCGCGAGGCUAUAACGCUAUGUGGGUCUGAGCUGACGGCGAGCCGCUCGACCGUAGCACGACACCACGGUGUUUCAAUUCGUGGACAUGAGUACACCUGCCACAGCGACUCCUUCCAAAACGUGGACCGGGAAUCCCGACAGGCAUCGAUUUUCAACGAGCAUAUGAGAAAGGAGAACCAUCAGGGCCAUGUUCCUGCUGACAAGUCACCCCGUUACUGAGGGAUCUCAGCCUUUUUUGGUUUCUGGACCUACCAAAGCAGGGAUGAGAUAAUAUAGUCAAGCAGCCGGUGCAUGCCGCUACAACAAGAACACCCGUGGCACCUGUGAAACCCGCCUCACCCCACCCCUAGUGAAGUUCAUUUCAACACUCAAACCAUGACAACGCCGGCCCUACUGCCACUGUCAGGCCGCAGGAUACCCACUCUGUCGCCGGGCGCCUCCUCUUUCCCGCACCACAGGGCCACGUUGAGGCUGUCCGAGAAGUUCAUCCUCCUCCUUAUUCUCAGUGCCUUCAUAACCUUAUGCUUUGGGGCCUUCUUUUUCCUCCCAGACAAUUCCAAGCACAAGCGCUUUGACCUAGGUUUGGAGGAUGUUCUUAUCCCUCAUAUUGACACACCCAAAGAGGGCAAGCACGCCUCAGGACAGGUGAUCAUACAUGGACAGGGAGGACAUGAUGAGCACAGACACAGGGAGGAGGAGGAGAGCCUGCGGGACAAGAUCCGCGCAGACCACGAGCGAGCGCUGCAGGAGGCAAAAGAGAAGCUGCGAAAGUCACGUGAGGAGCUCAAGGCUGAGAUUCAGACAGAGAAGAAUAACGUGAUGGAGGACCUGAAAAAGAAGGAUGCAGGGCCCAAACCGUUGCCACCUGUCCCCAUGCCUAAGGGGGUGGGCGUCAGCGACGGCGAGCCACCGGAGCCCGACGUCAAAGAGAAACGAGACAAGAUAAGAGAGGUACGGUGA